AUGGCGAAUCCUGCUUCCUCUUCCUCGAUCCCACACCGAAGCCACUUCAGGCAUAACUAUCCUCUGUGGAGCAAUCAAAUUGUCAAGAUUCUCAAGGCAAAUGGAUUUGCUAUCUUUCUCGAUCCUAAACCAGAGACGACAGCGACGUCGGCCAAUGAAAUUGCCGAUCCAAAUCAAGAUUCUCAUCAAUGGUCGGUUAUCGACCCAAACCUGGCUGCCGCCCUGUGCUCGACGAUCUCGCCGUCGGUUCUUCCAUAUGUGACUCACCUCGACUCUACGAACGAAAUCUGGCGCACCUUGCAAAUUCGUUUCCAGUCUUCAAACAGGUCUAAUGUCAUUCUGCUCAAGAAUGAGCUUCACAACGUGUCCAUGAAAAAUCUUUCCAUGUCUCAGUACCUAAUUGAGAUCAAGAAGAUCGUAGACCAAAUUGCAUCGGCGGGAUCUACUGUGGACUCCGAAGAUGUUAUGAUCUACAUCUUGAACUGGCUUCCCCCUUCGUAUCAGCCCUUUACUGCAUCUAUCAGCACGAUGCAAACCUCUCUUACUCUCGACAAUCUCUACGUCCUCCUCAUCAGCGAGGAAAUCCACCUUAAAACUGCCACUCUGAAGUUCCCUACCAUCGAAUCAUUAUUUUCAUUUCGGAAUUAA